CCAUAGGCCAUAGAGCAUCGGAGGCUGGGAUCUCUCUUCAAGAACUUGCCCCAGCGUCAUUCCUUGACCGAUAUUUUGAUUAUCUUUUAGUCUUUAAUUCCCAAUUUCCAACAAUAUUUGAUUAAUAAAUACUUGCUUUUGUAUACCCUUUAUAUAGUUGACUAUUGUUUUAAGUAUGCAAUAGUAAAAAUUCAAGAAUCAUUCAAUCCUUCACAUCAUCACCAAUUUUGAUUACCUGGGUUCUGCUCAGUCAGCCAAUCAGGUGAAAUUCAAAGGACUCGUGUCAAAUUCGUUCCUUGUAUCUUUAUUCUUGUAUUGAAGUCCUGGACUGGAGAUGAGAGCAAUUCUUAGGUCCAUUAGACAAUUUAGAUCAGCUUUGCGAUAUAGAGGAGAUAUAUUCUAUAAUGGGCUCUCAAAAAGACAGCAUUGUCGGGUUAAUAAGAAUGGAGGGUCAGUCUACUAUACGCCUCAGUGUACAGAUUUUUGGAGAUGCCAGCAUCCUUCUUACAUGAUCUCGAGAGCUUUGCAUACUGAUGCCGUUAAUGUAGCUAAUGGAGAAUUAAUUCAAGGAGGUCCUCUUGUAGAAUAUGAACGAAGAAUAGCUGCUGGUGAACUUGUGGAUGGAGAUAUUUGCCAGGUUUUAGGCACCCUGAGACAACUGCAGAGACUCUAUGAUGAGCUGGUCGAGAAAGCUGAUGCUUGCCGACUUGAUCGAUAUACAGCUUCGGAGAAAGCAGGAAGGAGUCGGUGGUUGUGGUCACGUUUCAUACCACAGUCUUCAUAUGCUCCUGUGAAAGGACUCUAUCUUUGUGGAGGAGUUGGUACUGGGAAAACUAUGUUGAUGGACAUGUUUUUUGAUCAGUUGCCUUGCAAUUGGAGGAAGAAAAGAAUUCAUUUUCAUGACUUUAUGCUGAAUGUCCACAGCCGCUUGCAAAAGCACAACGGUGUUGCUGAUCCCCUAGAAGUUGUUGCUGGAGAAGUAUCAGAUGAAUCAAUCUUGUUAUGUCUUGAUGAAUUCAUGGUUACUGAUGUUGCUGAUGCAUUGAUACUAAAUCGUUUAUUUAGGCACUUAUUUAGCCAUGGAGCUAUCCUUGUUGCUACAUCAAACCGUGCUCCUGAUAAUCUUUAUGAGCGUGGACUUCAAAGGGAUCUCUUUCUUCCUUUUAUAGCUUUACUGAAGGAAAGAUGUAUUGUUCAUGAAAUUGGGUCAUCAGUAGACUACCGUAAGAUGACUUCGGUAACGUAUCAUAUUCAUCUGAUUUACUCUAUGAGAAGUUAUUUUUGCUUAUGUGUAGUUAUGGUUUCCGAUUGCAUAAAAUCUAGUAGUACCACUAUUUCACAAAAACAAAGAAUUAGCUGUGUGACUAGAGACUUUUCUCUUGCAAUGCAGGCACAGCAGGGUUUCUACUUUGUUGGGAAAGACCUGUCAAGCCUUCUAAAUGAAAAGUUUCACCAGUUGAUCGGCAACCACAAAGCUGUACCACAAGAGGUGGAAGUAGUUAUGGGAAGGACAUUGCAGGUUCCGCUGGGUGCUAAUGGCUGUGCCUAUUUCCCGUUCGAGGAACUCUGUGACAGACCACUUGGGGCUGCAGAUUAUUUUGGAUUAUUUAAGAAAUUUCACACACUGGCUUUGGAAGGUGUGCCAACUUUGGGUCUCCACAACAGGACUGCUGCAUAUCGGUUUGUCACUUUAGUUGAUGUGAUGUAUGAGAACAAGGCUAGACUCUUAUGCACAGCUGAAGGGUCUCCACUUGAACUUUUUGAAAAGAUAGUGACGAUUGCUGAUGCUCAGCAAAUGUCACCCAGAACUUCUUCUAGAUCGAGGAAGAGUGAUGAUUCUGACCUUUGUGUGGACAAUGAACUGGGCUUUGCAAAAGAUCGUACCAUUAGCAGAUUAACCGAGAUGAAUAGUCGGGAGUAUUUAGAGCAACAUGCUGCAAUGGUGGCGGAGAUGCAGCAGUUGCCUGCGGAUAGCAGUAAGGAUGUUUUACAUGCUUAGUUCCGUGACGGUAUUUGUAACAUUGCCAUUUACCCUAAGCUGGGAAGUUGGUGUUGUCUGUAAGGUGAUGGAAUUACAGCACAUUGUUACAACAGAAGCUGGCGAUUAUUUUAUACGUCUAGUUUCAUAGGUUUUUUUCUUCUCUUUUCAUAUAUAUUUGUUCAAGUGAUAAUUAUUUUAUGGGUCUUAACAAAUUUGUUAUUUGGUAAAGCGUUCAUGCAACAGUUAUGAUGACAGCUUGAGAGAAGCAUUUGUUGUACAGACCAUGUUUCAUAGAUAGGCUUGCUUUUUUUCAUAGCUGCUUCAAGAAAACUCUAUGCUGUUAUGAUGAUGUUGUAUUUAUAACUUGAAUCAUGAUGGUAGACAAUUCUAUCUAUAAUCCUUGGAAAGAAAUUACAUGACAAAGUAUUGUGA